GGGCAUAAUAAAAGAAAACGAAUUACCAUCAUAAUUGUCAUAUUGAUACAAAUUUCCCAUUGUUUCGCAAAAUUAUUAUGAACAGGUAUUUUUGAAAAUAAUAAUAUUAAAAUAUACAUAAUGUAUUAUUUUAUUUUAAAUAGCUUGUUUAACGUUUAACUUAUACGUAGUAGACCUUAAACACGCAAAAAAAGAAGACUAGAUCACCGUGUGACAUUGUCACUAACCUCAAAAUAUCCAAAUAACAAAUAUGACACUUCCUCACGUAAUUUAAUAUAUUUUGGACUGUGAUUGAUAGUUUUAUUUGAUAAAAUAUGUGUUUAGAGGACGUUAUUUUAGAAAUUGAAGGAACUCCUGUUAAAUGUAAAAAAGAUGUACUUAUUUCCAAUAGUGAUUACUUUAAGGCAAUGUUGGAAGGAAAUUUUAUAGAAAAGGAUCAAAAGACUAUUUCCAUUAAGGAUGUUGACCUAAAAGCUGUAAACAUUAUUCUCACGCUUUUAUGGGAUCCUACAAUUUAUAUUGAAGAUGAAGAUGUUCUCAUGGUACUACAUGCAGCUUGUAUGCUACAAUUUUGUGAGAUUAGAAACAUGUGUUUAGAUAAACUUAUCCAAAUUCUAUCUGUACAAAAUUGUUUGAAAAUAUGGAUAAUAACAGAACAGCUAGACAUUAGACCAUUUUUUUUAAAAGCUAAGCGUCUAGCAUUAGCUGAAUUUAUGGCAAUUAAAGAGACUGAUAGUAUUAAUGAUUUAAAUUUAGAACAACUUAUUAGAUAUGUAGGUAGUGUGCACCUAGUGACUGAUAGCGAAUUAACAGUGUUUCAAACACUAAUGAAAUGGUGGUAUGAUCACAGCAAAGACCAUACUUCAGAUGACUUUAUCAAACUACUUAGUUGCGUCAACUACAAAAAGCUAUUACCUGAUCUUUUUAAAGAAAUAUUGACCUAUCCAGACAUUGCUAAUAGUGAAGUUGAAGAUAUUUUAAAAUGUUUGUACAAUAUUUUAAAUAACAUUCCAAAUAGUUCAUGCUCAGAACAUUUUUUAGCGGUAGCAUCUUUGCUAAGCCAAUCAAAUGACCGAAAAAUUGAUAGUGUACCUUGUCUUUUAGUCCUAAAUUCAUCUAAUGACGUUCCAAAUAAGAAACGCCUUGUGGAGAACAAUGAAACUGUUGUGGAUCGAUAUAAACGAAAAAUAGUAUAUAAAAAAUUUGUUGCAGAUAAUAGCAACCUUCACGUCAUUUACUACGAUCGGAAACUUGGUAUAUUUCGAAGAUUCGUAAAUGUUUUAAAAAAAUUAGUAGGUUUUAGAAUAAUAGGAUAUAAGGAAUACUUAUUUUUAUUUGGCGGAGAAUAUGAGAUUGGUAAAGGGGAUUGGAAUUAUAGUUUCUGGGCAUACGAUUCGAUCAAAGAAGUAUGGAGAAUGAAAUCAAGGAUGCCUUUCCCUAGAAGACAUUUUCAAACAUGUAUAGUAGGAUCUAAGGUGUUUAUUUCAGGAGGUAUUGGUCAAUUUCGAACAAUCCAAUCGAACAUUUUUUGGUACGACUACAAAAGAGACGAAUGGAGCAAACAAUACCACUUUCCAGCAACAAUAUGUGAUAGAUGGUAUAAGUGCUGCAAUUAUUUAGAUAAAUUUCUAAUCUUUAGUUUAAAUCAGAAAUGUGCGUAUUUUUUCGAUGAAAAUAGUGGCUGGACGAUGUUGCCCUUGGUAAUCCCUCCCUUGGUUAUCCCUGAUGAUAUAAAUUCUAGACUUUUUGCAUAUAAGAAUCGACUGUAUUUAAAAGGUCAAAAAUUAUUAGAAAUGAGGUCGAUCCGAGAGGGAUUAAAAGUUAUUUCAAUACAAAGCAUUUCCACUGUUGAGUACGACGAAUUAGAAAUGACUAUCUGUGAUAAUAUAGUAUAUACGUUAUACAAAGAACAUACGGUAAACGGCCUUAUGUACUCGUUUGAAAAAUUCAACUUAGAUACUAACGAAAUGGAAAUUAUUUUCGACAGACUGAAGGAAGAGGAUACGCUGAAAGCAGAUGAGGAAAUUUUCGACUUGGAUCAGUCGUUAAACAUAUUCUCAUUUACUCACCAUAAUUUAUUUGACGAAAACGUAUUGGUUAAUAAAAAUUUCUGAUUUUGUAAUAAAAAUUAUUUAAGAGUC